AGGCCUUUAACGCAAGAAGUGCAGCAGCGGCAGUUUUCUGGUCAGAUGUCUCAGUAUUACCCUAUACAGUCUGCAGAAAUGCAUCACAAUAUACAACAACCUCAGCAACAUCACAUGCAGCUUCAGCAACAGUCAUAUAAUUCAGAUUGCACAGCAAAGGCUGAUCACUACCAGCAGGAUCACUCCCAGAGCAUGCAGUUGAUUCAGCUGGGCUCAGUUCCGCAGUACGUUUAUCAGAACUCCCAGACGCUUCGGCAUCCUUACAAACAGAACUUGACUCCGCAGCAUCUACAACAGGAGGUCAGCCCACAGAAACAGUAUAACAUGGACAAUCAGCAAACAGUUCUCAUGGAUAGUCCAGUGGCAAUGCCUAGUGCAGACCAGUUAGAUAACAACUACAACCAGGAGACUCUGGGGAUUUUGGCCAACACUACUCACCAGCAAGUCUUAACGGCGGACAACCCUUACAUGCUUGGCAGCCAAGGUCUUCACCACUCUCCUACCACAGCUUGGCCACAGCUUGUUCCAGAUGGACAGACACAGACUGUCUCUCCGGAUAACAGGAUGUCUAAAACCCGACUCACAUGCUCCGUGUGCUUUAAGGAGUUCAAAAGC